AUGUCUACCAACAUCACCUUCCACGCCAGCGCCCUCACCCGCAAGGAGCGCACCGAGCUGCGCAACCAGCAAGGCCUCACAAUCUGGCUGACCGGCCUGUCCGCCUCCGGCAAGUCCACCCUGGCCGUGGAACUGGAGCACCAACUCGUCCGCGACCACGGUGUGCACGCCUACCGCCUCGAUGGCGACAACAUCCGCUUCGGACUGAACAAGGACCUCGGCUUCAGCGAAGCAGACCGCAACGAGAACAUCCGCCGCAUCGCCGAGGUGGCCAAGCUGUUCGCGGACUCCAACUCCAUCGCCAUCACCUCGUUCAUCUCGCCCUACCGCAAGGACCGUGACACUGCCCGCCAGCUGCACGAGGUCGCCACUCCCGGCGAGGAGACUGGAUUGCCUUUCGUUGAGGUCUAUGUUGAUGUCCCUGUUGAGGUUGCCGAGCAGCGUGAUCCUAAGGGUCUUUACAAGAAGGCUCGUGAGGGUGUCAUCAAGGAGUUCACUGGUAUCUCCGCUCCUUAUGAGGCUCCUGCCAACCCCGAGGUUCAUGUUAAGAACUAUGAGCUUCCGGUUCAGGAUGCUGUUAAGCAGAUUAUUGAGUACCUUGAGUCCAAGGGAUAUCUGCCCAAGAAGAACUAA